CUCAACUGAGCUUACUCGGAGGACUGAGAGGGACAAGUUGCAAGAAAGCAAAUUUGGUGAGUUUUUUAUGAGAAUUUUAAGAACAAAGAAAUGGCUGGGAAACACGCUUUUAUCAAAAGCCACCUCCGUUGCCAAGUGUGUUCAAAGAUUUUCAGAGAUCCUGUAACUCUGACCUGCAACCACAGUUUUUGUUUAAGCUGCCUGAAAACAAUAUGGGAAAAAACUAAGAAGAAAAUAUGUCCACUUUGUGAAAGAAAAAAUUCAAAAAAAAAUCUUGGAAUUAACUUUCCUUUGAAGGAGAUGGCUGAUUCCUUUGCUCAGAGACAGAAAGCAUGGGCUGUAUGCAGUGAACAUGAAAAAGAGCCCCAACUGUUCUGCGUGGAUGAAGACAAACCUCUGUGUCCUGUCUGUGAUUUUCCUCACCACCAGAGUCACAAAGUGAUUCCUGUAGAAGCUGCUAUCGACGUCCUGAAGGAGCAGCUGAAAUCUGACUUAAAGUCUCUGCAGGACAAGAGGAACAAAUACAAACAAGUGGUGAAAACAUACAAUGAAAUGAGUGAACACAUGAAGAAGCAGCUGUUGUCCACAGAGAGGCAGAUCAGAGCAGAGUUCAACAAGCUCCAGGAGUUCCUGAAAGAGGAAGAGGAGUCCAGACUGGCAGCUCUGAGGGAGGAAGAGGAGCAGAAGGGGAUGACUAUCAUCAGAGAGAUGAGGAUGAUUGAGGAGCAGAUCUCCUCUCUGUCAGACAGCAUCUCUGCUGUUGAAGAAGAGCUGCAGAAACACAGUGUGCCAUUCCUCAGCAGUUAUAAAGACACUCAGAGCAGAGCCAGAGCCCAGAGCUCAGUGUCAGAUCCACAGCUGGUCUCAGGAGCACUGAUAGAUGUGGCCAAACACCUGGGCAACCUGUCCUUCAGAGUGUGGGAGAAGAUGAAGGAGAAGGUCCACUUCAGUCCUGUCAUUCUGGACCCAAACACUGCAAAUGCCUGUCUCUAUCUGUCUGAUGAUCUGACCAGUGUGAGACUUGGAGACACAAAGCAGCAGCUUCCUGAUAAUCCAGAGAGAAACACUAAUUAUACCAAUGUUUUUGGUUCUAAGGGCUUCAUCUCAGGGAAACACAGCUGGGAGGUGGAGGUGGGAGACCAUCCUGACUGGAAUCUGGGUUUAGUUAAAGAGUCAGUUGACAAGAAGGGAGAGUGUUUUGCUUCACCAAAAUGUGGAAUCUGGUGUUUAUGGCAUCACAGUGGAAAAUACAAUAAUGGUGAUGGUGAGACUGUGAGAGUGAAGAAGAGUUUCCAGAGGAUCAGAGUCCAGCUGGACUAUGACAGAGGGGAGGUGUCCUUCUAUGACCCUGAAGACAUGACUCACAUCUACACUUACAGAGACACUUUCACUGAGAAACUCUUCCCAUAUUUUCAUAUUUGGAAGGCAGGAAAUGCCAAAACCUCUGAUAUCAAAAUCUGUCAGACUGAGAUUUGAUUGUAAAGUGAUCUCAGCCUUUUAACAGUGUGUUUAGUGGGGGUUUACAAAAUAAGACUUUAGCAAACAUGAUAGCAAAGCAUAUUUAAUUUGUUGUAAAGGGUCAGUAAAAUUAUUAAUCAAACUGUCUGAUUGAUUUUGUGAUGAGGGUUUCAUUUUAUUUUGUUGUUGUUAUUUUGUACCCACAUGUCAUAUGGCUGAGAGUGGCCAGCCCAGGUUCGAGUCCGACCCACAGCUCUUUGCCACGUAUUAUCCCCUUUCUCUCUCUGCCCAUGCUUUCCUGUCAGUUCUUCACUACAUCUAUCAAAUAAAGCUGCAAAGGCCAAAAAAAUAUUAUAAAGGCAAAGGUAUAAGGCUCAGCAGCAUCUUCAUUCA